AUGGAUCAAUAUACGAAGGAUUUAUUGACUGCGUGGGGAUUCGCUGAUUUUAUCCCACGAUUUGAAGAGGAAACUAUUGAUGCUCGCACUCUGAGAGGCUUAAACGAAAACGAAAUAAUUCAACUCAUUCCAAAUAUUGGGAUGAGAAGUAGAUUUCGAAAUUUACUCGAGUCAUGGAAGGCAGAUAUAAACAGUGCUGAUUUGCCUGCAGAUCAAAAUGCAUCUCUUAGUAACCUCCUCGAAGAGGCAGAAAGGAACGAGCCCUCGGUCUCAGGGGUACAAAGAACAAGCGUACCUGAAGAAUUUCCUCCCGGCAUUCGCCUGGCCAACGAGCUGUGCGAGAUAUUCCCAGGAACGUCUCCUGCGUCUUUCUUUCUGACGUUUUUGCCGAAGACGCCAUUUCAACACCAGAGAAACUUAUCAGGGCCUCUCUAUAAAGCCUAUGUAAAGAAAAGGGAUAAGUUUCGAAAGAGUGGCGUGUUGCCGCCUUCAUCAAGAUCGGCGUCUUCCAGCCGGUCUUCCAGCAAAUCAACACCCACGUCGGGUAGGAGUUCUUUGAAGAGAGCAGAGGCUCCGGACCCUACGUCAUACACAGAAGAGACCAGGACAGCCUUAAACUUUUUAGAAACCAACGUCCACCCCUGGAAACCGGUGGAGGAUUUUUGGCGAGCCACAGAAAAAGAGCGGAAGAGUAUUCUUGCCGAUGAGGGAAUAUUCAACUAUUUCCUGAAAUUUCCAGCUCUGCGAAUUCAGGAAGGAUACAGACUGCUCUUAGACGAUUUCACCAGAGAGUUUCCCGGAAAGGAGAACAAUCUCUUCGCCAAUAUUGCUCUGGCAAAAGAUAAAAUAAUAAAAUUAGCCAAACUCAAGUUAGUGAAACUCUCCGAUAAAAAGCUGAAGGAAAGCUACGAGCGCGUUCUGGAGAGUGCAAAAGGGGAGGACCCGACAAUUCGGAAUGAUGCACUUAUCCUCCUACUGCCCCUUAUUACCCCGCCGCCCGGGAACGUAGGCGGGAAGAGCGGCGCUAAAAAGACGGCAACGAAGCCGACAAACGUUGAGAUCAGGGAUCACUUCGUAACACUGAUACACAACGACGCGCACAUUCAGGAAGCAGUAAACCUAAGGAAGGAGGCUCUCCAAUCAGGAGGUGAAACAUUUCAGCCGUGUGUAUUUGCCACGGGGGAAUGGAAAGUGAUUAACUCUGCAUAGGUUGUCGUCGAUGAAACAUUUUACAAAUUUAAUUCACUGAUUGAGGCAAUUGACGUAGCCUUUAAGAUAAUUUACGCUCUGCAAGCAGAGUUUCCCUUGAAAGCCAAGUCUGUUUGGAAGGUAUUGUCAUUAGCUUUCUACGACAUUGGAGACAGGAAAAGGGUAACAGCAGGUAUUUCUCAACUCCUGACAGAUUUGGGUGUUAGUAAUAAGGAGCCAGUAGCUGGGCCGUCAUCUUCAAUCUCUGCCUCAGCUGUCAUUACUCAAAGUCAGCAGUCCCUUUCCGACACACUAUCCCGCCCAUUGUCAUCGAACAACCAAUUGUUUCCUUUCGAAACACAACCCCUUUUUCAAGCUUCCUCGCUGGAGGUUAAUGAUUCUUUACCAGAGGAUUUUCUAUUGGACCCAAACGCCCAUCUCACUCAAUUAUAAUAA